UGACAAUUUUUACGACCCACAAAGGCAUUCUUUUUCAGAAAACCGCCCUAGUAGUUUAAGUCCUAAAGAAAUGAGAGGAAUGAUGGAUAUUUUUCCGAGCGAGAUUAUAAACCAAGCUGAUUUGCAUCAUAUUUUUAAGUUCAAAAAUAAAAAGCCUCCCAGAAAUAAAGCUAACAGUAGACAAUUUUUGAUUGGCGAAGAUUUAUUUUUGAACAAAUAUUAUAAGCCAGAUGAAGAAAAUGAAAGCAAUUCCUUAUUACAAUCAAAGCGCACCUUGGAUUCUAGUCUUGCGAUAAGAAAAGGAUUUAAUAUCCCAUCUAAUGUUAAGAUUAUCAAAACGACGCGCACCCAAUCUUUACCAAAAAUUCAUCGUUCAUCAGCCACCAAUCCAUUAACUAUUGCUGAAUUAACACUCCCAUGGAAAACACCUACUAAAGUUCCAGUCAAAAUGCCAAGCCCUACUAGAGUGCCUGAUAAUUUGAUCAUUCCAGAAAAAAUGCAUAGCCCAACUAGAAUUCCUAGUAUAGUGGAAAGUUAUAAUAUUCAUGUCAACAAAAAAAGAUAAAUAAUUGCAAUAUGGAAUUAUGUAAAUUAUAUAUUUUUAAUAAAAUGGCGUUUAUA